UUACCAUUCCAAGAAUAUCUGUUAAGUGGAGUUUCAGUGUCAGAAGAAAAACCUGUAGCAGUAAUGUCUUUUUGCACCAAAACAAAAACUAGUAAAACUCCCUCUUCUGAAUCCUAAACAACACAAAAUCACAAACACCAAAUCAUCACUCAUACACCACAGUUUCCAAUUUCCAUCAAUCUCAAUCUCAUCCUCUCCUAACAUUCUCCCUAUAAAAUCGCCACAUCCAACUCCCAACAACACAACACCAACAACCUCAAAAAACAUAAUUAAGCAUUAACAUUCCACACCUUUUCACACACACAAAAAAAACAACCCUCUAAAAUCUAAGCCUCAAAGAGUGCUAAACUUUGUUACAAUGAACAUGUUAGGCCUUAGAGACCUAGUUUUCAUAGCUCCAACUCCUUCUCAACUUCACCACCAUCAACAACACCAACCCAUUUCAGCAGAACACCAUUCAAACCUCCCUUUGCCUUCACAAGCCUCUCUCAGUGUUGGUCUUGGCAUUUUCCCUCUCCUAACAGUGCCACACACCAAUGAUGUUCAAGUUCAGGUUCAAGACUGUGCCAACAACAACACCAACACCAACACCAACUAUUGGAACCUGAAGAUGUGUGGUGCCACUGAAGUGAAUUCCACAAGAAAAGGUGUUAUGAACAUGGAGGAUGAGGGAAGCAAUAAGCAAAUGAUGGAGAGUGAGGAAGGUGGGGGUGAGUUUAGGGUGUGCCAGGAUUGUGGCAAUAGAGCCAAGAGAGAUUGCAGCUUCAGAAGGUGCAGGACUUGCUGCAAGGGACGUGGCUUUGAUUGCAGCACUCACGUGAAGAGCACGUGGGUCCCCGCGUCUAUGAGACGGGGUGGUGGUGGUGAUAGUAGUGGUGGUGAUGGCAACAGCGAUGCUGGUGCUUCUAAGAGGCUAAGAACUUUGGGGUCAUCAAAGAAUGUUGCUGCUAGUGCUACCUCUCAUAGUUCCACUUCCAAUGCUACCCCAACAAAGAGCUUUGAUACCAGUUCUUGUCAACAAGAUGCUGGUUUCAAACAGUCUUUGCCACGGCACGUGCGUGCACCUGCGGUUUUUAGGUGCCAUAGAGUGUCUGCUAUUGGGAGUGGUGAAGAUGAGAUUGUUUACAUGGCCACAGUUCAUAUUAGUGGCCAUGUUUUUAAGGGGUUUCUGUAUGAUCAUGGUGCUGAUGCCAGAAAUGAUGUGCCUAGUGUCUCAGAACUGCAAUUGGGAAACAAUGGAAGUGGAAAGAAUAAUAAUAGGGAAUGCUCUUCGGCAAUUGGGGUUCCAACUAGUGCUUACCCUGCUUCUGUUUGCUGAGAUUGCUGAAAGGUGAUGGAUCGGUUCUGUGACACUCUGAGGGCAGUUCAUUCUGCUGUUUUGCAGGGAAAAUUGACAAUAUAUUCUCUUUGGUUAUUAUGUAAAUUUCUCUUCUACAUAAUGUUUAUAUGCAUACAUAGGGGACCUAGUUUCAAUUUCUUGCAUCAGAAUAGAGACAUUGAUAUGUUGCGAAAUUUCAUAUUCAGUGCUUAAUCAAAGUUUUAUUUUAUCCUAA